CCCACAAUGCACAGUUGACAUGAGAAAUCUUAAAAAAGAAUCACACAUUUCGUUCGAGUUUAUAUCUGCUUUUGUUGCAGAUUUCUUAUAUUCUUUCGCGUAUGGUGAUAAAAUGGCUCUUCUUUUAUCGAUUUAGGACAAAAUCGCGUUUCGUUCUAAGGACCAGUUUGCAAAUUCGGAUUUUAUGUAAACAGGAAUAUUGCCAGUUCGGAUGUUAUGAUUUGAAAGGAAAAUGGCGACCCAAAGUGUGAACGUUAGUCUAGACGAUAUAGACUUGUCACGACUUCGGGACCCAGCCGGGAUCUUUGAUCUGAUUGAGGUUGUAGGAAAUGGCACCUAUGGACAGGUGUAUAAGGGCAGCCACACAAAGACUGGCCAGCUGGCUGCCAUCAAAGUGAUGAAUGUGACUGAAGAGGAAGAGGAGGAAAUUAAGUUAGAAAUCAAUGUUCUUAAAAAGUAUUCCCACCACAGAAACAUUGCCACCUACUACGGCGCUUUCAUCAAGAAAAGCCCGGCAGGGAAAGAUGAUCAACUCUGGUUGGUGAUGGAGUACUGUGGGGCAGGGUCUAUUACAGACCUGGUCAAAGCCACCAAAGGGAACUCACUGAGAGAGGAGUGGAUUGCCUACGUAGCCAGAGAGAUCUUGAGGGGCCUGGCACAUCUUCACGGGAACCGUGUGAUCCACAGAGACAUCAAGGGCCAAAAUGUCCUCCUUACAGACAAUGCUGAAGUUAAACUAGUUGAUUUCGGUGUGAGUGCCCAGCUGGAUAAGACGAUUGGAAGGAGAAACACAUUCAUAGGGACGCCAUAUUGGAUGGCUCCAGAAGUAAUUGCCUGUGAUGAAAACCCUGACGCCACUUAUGAUAACAGGAGUGACUUGUGGUCACUAGGAAUCUCUUGCAUAGAAAUGGCUGAAGGAAAACCACCACUCUGUGAUAUGCACCCAAUGAGGGCCUUAUUUCUCAUCCCCAGGAACCCACCCCCUCGCCUCAAGUCUUCAAAAUGGUCAUCUCGGUUCCACAAUUUCGUGGAGACCUGCCUGCUGAAGGACUACACCCAGCGCCCCAACACGGAGCAACUGCUGAAGCAUCCGUUCAUCCGUGACCAGCCCACGGAGAGGCAGGUCCGCAUACAGCUCAAGGACCACAUAGACAGACACAAGAAGAACAAGAAAAUUGAGGACCAUGACACAGAGUAUGAGUAUGAGGGGAGUGAUAACGAGGAGGAGGAGGAAAAACCAGGCGAACCCAGUUCCAUCUUACAAAUUGGUCCAGGGGAGUCCACUCUACGUCGGAACUUCCAGCGAAUUCAGGAGCACGAGUCAAAGUCUCCAUAUGCAGUGCCAAAUGCCAACCCUCGCCCAGUCAUUGCAGGUCAGCCUGGGCCAGCCUCGGCCCGGGCGCAUGAGCGCAACCCUGACAGGCCACAUAGCCACCACCAUCAUCAGCAGCAGCCUCACCCGCAGCAACAACAGCAGCAGCAUCGGCCUACGUCUGCUGGGCAGGCACAGAGACCGGUCUCAAGCCAGUUUCAGCAGCCAGCAGUGCGGCACGCAGUUCAUGAACAGUUACCCAAUAAACCUAUGCAGCCUAGGAUCACAGACCAGGGGAAACAAAGCGAAGAUAAAACUGCGGACCUAGCCCCUGAAGAAGUGCGUCACAUAGCCCCGUCCCAACACCAAGGGUCUCCACAUGAAGUGAGGAACUCUCCAUACCGGCCACCAACACAACCCACCCCUACCAAACCAGAGGACCUGGAUGUGUUGGCUGCCCACCUGAACCAGCUCGGAGCAGAGAUCAGGCCUCCUGCCCGUACCGUGGUGCUGGCCGAGGACAUCAGCUCUGAUGAGGAUGAGGAGGACGAGGAUGAGGAGGAGGUGGGGGCAGGAGACCGUGAUGGAACACUUCCAGCGUCUGAACCGGCCAGACCUUUACCACCGGAGGGAUACAAUGAGAAUACUCUGAAAACACUGUCUUCCAUGGUUGUACAUGAAGAAGAGAGUCCUCCUCAUAUUCCCAGUCCUAUCAGCAAACAGGAAUCUGAGAGGAAUCGGGACAACAGAAGUCGGGACAAGGAAGAUGAUGAUGACGGCACACUGGUUCUGCGCAGGGUUGAGGCUAGACCUGCCAUAGACCAGUGUACACAGCAAGAUGUCUGGAACAAGGGUAGCAGUGAGCAGAGUGAGAUAGACUCCAAGCGUCACCGUCACUCAGAUCGGGACAUCACACGUAAUGGCGGUCAGCACAAGAAUGCACAGAAGAUGUCCUCCAACUCCUCCUUCCCUGGGUCGCUGGCAGGUGGGGGACCCCUGCAGUCUCCACGUCACAGUGCGAGUAGUGGUGUGUUGCCUGACCUACUUCCGCAGCACACGCCCCCACAGUCAAGGUCACCACAGAAUGUUGUAGGUCAGAGGCCUCAGGACAAGACCACGUCAGACGAGUUCCAUCGACUGGCUGUCGACCCAAAGUACCGCCAGGCGGUCAGCAAGACGCCCUCCAUGCGCCAUCAACGCUCCUUCUCUGCGUUUGGUUUUGGGGCGAGUAGCGGCUCCACAGUGGGCUCACAGUCCAGCCAGUCCUCGCGGCGUGGCUCUCAGAUCAAUGUGAACGUGGCCCCUACCCAGACCCACGAGUCUGUGUCCGAUACACCGGAGAUACGGAAGUACAGGAAGCGGUUCCAUUCAGACAUCUUGUGUGCUUCGCUUUGGGGUGUGAACCUCCUCAUUGGCACAGACAGUAGUCUCAUGUUACUGGACCGCAGCGGACAGGGAAAAGUGUACUCGCUGAUCAGUCGACGCCGGUUCUCCCAGAUGGAGGUGCUUGAGAACCAGAACAUCCUGGUUACCAUCAGUGGCAAGAAAAACAAGAUCAGGGUCUACUAUCUGUCAUGGCUGAAAUCCAAAAUAUUCAAAUCUGAAGUGAAUGACAAGCGCAAUGGCUGGGUCAAUGUGGGGGAACUGGAGGGCUGUGUGCACUUCAAGAUAGAUGACAAAGUGACAAGACCUUACGUGAAGUAUGAGAAGAUCAAAUUCCUUGUGAUUGCCCUAAAGGAGAGUAUAGAGAUCUAUGCUUGGGCACCAAAACCUUACCACAAGUUCAUGGCCUUCAAGUCUUUUGGUGACCUGGCCCAGAAACCCCAGAUUGUUGACCUCACAGUUGAGGAAGGUCAAAGGUUAAAGGUCCUGUAUGGGUCAAAGUACGGGUUCCAUGCCGUGGAUGUGGACACAGCCUCCGUGUAUGACCUGUACAUUCCACAGCAUACACAUGGACCGAUUGUUCCUCACUCAAUUGUUAUACUGCCAAACACCAAUGGAAUGCAGUUGCUUUUAUGCUAUGACAAUGAGGGAGUGUAUAUUGAUUCCAAUGGCAAGGUCACAAAGAAUGUAGUGCUACAGUGGGGGGAACUGCCAACAUCUGUUGCGUACAUCGGUACAGGUCAGAUAAUGGGGUGGGGUAACAAGGCGAUUGAAAUCCGUGCUGUAGAGACUGGUCACCUAGAUGGUGUCUUCAUGCACAAAAAGGCUCAAAAGUUAAAAUUCCUGUGUGAGAGAAAUGACAAGGUAUUUUUCUCUUCAAUGCGUUCAGGAUCGUCUUGCCAGAUAUACUUCAUGACAUUAAGCAGACCUGGCUUAGCCAAUUGGUGAUGUGGUCAUGAACAGACUAUGACAAUUCAGCCAAUCAGAAAGCUUCUUACAUAUGUGCAAUGUUUAGAGAGAUAUUUGACAAUUGUUGGUGCAAUCAAAUGAAUUGAACAAUAAAAAGCAAGAGACGGUACAGAAAUCAGUAGUUUGUGUUUUUGAGGGUCUGACAUGGAGAGCAUUGUUGAAUGAUGUGCUAGAUGUGGUCUUAAUCAGGCUUUAGCAAUUUUAAGUAUUUCAUUGGCUGUUUCCAUGGAGCUACUCAUUUUAUGUUAGAAUACUAAAUGAUAAUCAAUUGUAUUUCCAGUUGAAUUGUUUUAUUUACUAACUGUGCAAAUGUUUGUAUCCGAUUGCAGUUGUAACUGAUUGGUAAUGCAUUUGAUCAGCUGCAUUUAUAUUUUCUGGAUUUGAAUAACAUUAGUUAUCUAAUAUUGAAAAUCAUAUUUCAAGAUUUCAAGUGUUAGCUCAAAUAUGUAGUUAUCCUUGUUGAGAAAUAUGUUAAAUAAUUGUAUAAUGUAACAAAAUAAUAUAAUUAUAUUAACAGUGUUAAAAGUGUAUUGUGUACAUGCGUUAACUUAUGCAUUCAACAGUUGUAUAGAAUUAGUUAGUGAACAGGUUACUUUAUAACAAAACCACAAGUGCAAAGUGCAAGAGAGCUCAACAUGAUUUUAUAGCAAGUAAGGAGAUGUAUUAUAUGUUGUUGCUUUGCAACAAUUCUUUUAUCUUAUCAGGGGCAUUAGGCAUGAACAUAUGUUUUAUGUUGUCUGACCUGCAUUGUCUGACCAAUAGAUAGCCUUGCUUUAUUCAAAUUGACCAAUCAGCAUCAGUGUAGCUCUGAUGUGAUACCAUAUGAGAUUGACCAAUGAAAACAGGGUUUACAGAUUGUAAACCAACAAAUGAAUAAGUGAAAGUGUUUUAGUUUGUAUAGGUAUGAUUUGAUUUGCAAUUGUUCAUUUGCAUUGUACUCUAUGCAACUGAUUUAUUUGAUGCAUAAUCAUAUUCAAUACAGCUGUGUUUUAACAUUAAAACAAUACCUUAGUAAAUGCCAAUUUUUUAUUUGUGAAGGCUUCCAUAAUUUUAUGAAUUUCUAUUCUAAAUGUAGGUUGAUUAAAGAAAGGAGAAUUUUUCUAUUUAAACAAAAAAACUCCUCGGUUUCAAGUGCUACCGUCUGGGCCAAAUUUAUUGUCAAGAGUUUGUCUGUAAUAAAAUUUUGUUUUGGGGAAUUUGACACAUCUUGUGAUAGUUGUAGUUUUAUUUGAUCGUUUAUCAAAAGUAAAUAAAUACAACAGCGCUACCAUUUGUUCACUCAGCUAUUUCCAAGUUUGAAAUGGUUGUUUCCUUGCAAAUGAGGUUUGGUUAUUUCAGUUUAAAAAAUACAUUUUGUUCUAAAUGGCUGUAAGUGUAAUUGCUUACCAUUUUUUCCAGCGCUAUUUUUUUCUGUAAUUAAAAUAGCAUGACAAUAUGUAUUGAAUAAGCUCACAUAUAUUUGAAGCUUUUCUUGUAUUGUUAUUUUAUGUAAUCCUCCUUACUUAAGAUGGUUCUUUAUUAAAGCAAUAACUGAAUAAUCAUCAUGUUGUUAUGCCUAAUCUGGAAAUAGGUAAAAACCAUUUGACUUACAAAACAAUAUCCUUGUUUUUGGAUCCCAAUUCUGCCUUUAAAUCUGCCAAUAUGUAACUUCCAUUUGACAUAUAAAACAAACGCUUUUUUGCGAUGCAUUAUAAUGUGGCCUGUCUUGUACAUGUUUUCAAUGCGCAGUCUCGCGUUUGUCCUCUAGUCACUUUGCUUGUACAUUAUGCUGGCUAUUUAAUUAUGUGUUAACCUUGUAUUUGUUUUCUUUUUUCCAUGUAACAAUUUUAUCCCUGGAUAUUUAGUUCAGUGUACAAUUAACACGUCUUACAAUUUUAAUACUCCUUUUUUUAGUUGUUAAUUUCUCCUUUUAUGGCAUGAUUAAUUCAAAUGUUGGUCAUUUUCAUUUAUAGUAGUAUAUCAAUAACUUUAAAUCUAUACAUAGUAUACAAUAUUAACUCAAACAUGUGCAAAUGUGAAAGAAGUAUUAAAUCCUAUUUAAAAAUUAUACACAUUUCAUUUUCAAAUUACCAUGUUUGUAAUGUUUGCUUUUUUACAAGAUUUAAUUACUUCUCCUUUUUUUAAAUGAGUAGCAAAAUGGUUUGAAAAAGGUCAGUCAUUGAUAUUGUAAAUGAAAUCUGCAAAGAAUAACAAUAUUAAAAAAAAUGAUUCCAACAAAUAAAGUCUAUUGAAAAAUAUACUUUGCGUAAAGGGUUUAUUUUGAAGGAGUGCAAAUAUAGAUCAGCAACCCUUUAGUUUAAUUAUACGAAGUACAAUUCACAAAUUCUUUCAACCAAGUUUUCAACAAAACUAAACAUCCUGAUAAUUGGAAUCGUGUAUGGCUGUUGAGCAUUGUCAAACAGGAAGUUUCUUGUCUGUUAUAUAAGUUUGUAUUGGCCAAUCUUCAAGAACUUUUAAUAUUGCAUGUCUUCAAGGAGAUCUUACAUGGGAUUUAACUUGGGCCGUUGGGUAAACAUGAAGUUCACAGUUACUUACAUAAAAAAGGUUUCAGCUCAAUAACUUCGGUUUCGGUUUUUAUGCUUAAAUUUUGUGUAGAUAGAUUGGAAGCAGACCUUAAAGUGACUGCACAAUUAUUUAAAUGAAAGUAAAACUUCAAAAGCCUGCUUGCAUAACAUGGCCAUGUUUCUAAUAAUCAUAUAGUGUUUGCCCUAAGCAAGCAAUGGAAAUGUGCACAGAACUCAUUUCUGAUAAAUUCUGUGAAGUGAACAAUUCUUGCCAUGCUUAUGAGAAUACUGACCAUGUCUCCCUAUUUGAUUUGUUAUUGUAUAAACAAUGUAGGUUACUGAUGUGCAUUUUGAUGUAUGUGUGAUUUGUAUAUGUUCCAUUUGUACAAAUCUGUAGGUUUGUAAUUUGUAUACAUUUUUUUGAAACUGUUUUUUAUUAAUGUUCUCUUUAUAGCUCACCUGAGCACAAUUUGCCUAUGGUGAGCUUUUGUGAUCGCCACUUGUCAUGUUCUGAUUCGUGAGUCGUUUUCAACUUUUAACUUAUAAUUUGUAACAUUUGUGGUCAACACUUGAUAACUAAAUUAAAAAAACUAUUAAAAGCUGGUUAACACUUUCUGUCAUAUGUUAUGCCAUAUCUAGAUAAAACUUCUGUCAUUACAUGUAUCUUAUUUAUUAACCAUUGAUAAAACGUGGUCACAGAUUUUUCAUACCUUCAGAUACCAAAUCAAAGUUCCAAACUGGGUCAUCAUCAAAAUUAUUCCCCUGACCGUUCCGGUCAUUGGGGGAAAAUGAGGGACGAAGUCACAGAGAUCCUCCACCAGUCAGAUAUUUUGUAGGCUGCUGAAAGUUACUCAUCCAUGGGGGCUGAAGUCCACUCUUUCACAUUGUUCAGUCAGCUUUUCUUUUGAUGGCCUCGAGUGAAACCUCCUAUCAUGACCUGGAGCACAGUCUUGAAGUUGAGAAUGCAUACUUCAAAAACUAAAAUCUAUUAACUCUCUAAAUAUCCAGUUAUUGUUAUGUUUUGAUGAAAUUCUGACCUAACCUUUUCAAUUUUUCUUUACUUCAUCAAUAUUUUCUUUUUCCUCAUAAAGUCUCAGGUGAGCAUCAUAGGGCCCUUAUGGUCUUCUUGCUUAAAAUAUGUGUUUCCAUCAGAAAGCAUGACUAUUUAGCAAACUUCCAUUUUUGUUUAGAUAAGAUCUUCCUUACUUAACAGUUCUAUACACUUUUAAACAUUUUUUUUUAUCAUUUUGACAAAUUAUUUUAGAGAUAUUUAGAACAGUUAUUUUGUUCAUUAAUGUAGUUGUUUUUAUUUUCUACUUAAAAAUUUAUAAAGAUAUAAACACCUUGUUAAAGUCUUGGUAAAUUGUAAGAAAUAAACUUUGGAGAGACGAUCUCAAAACCUGA